CGUAUGUGUCUCUUUUAUAACAAAAAUUGAAAAAGAAAGCGAUGCUGUACUGUUAUCGAAAGCUUAAAAAAUAACGUGAUAAGUGACAUAAGAUUUCUUCGAGUGAGAUACGAAUCCAAAACAAAGAAAACGAAGAAAUUAUUAUAUUAGAAGCUUAGUUAAAUAAAGUCCUGAACAAGUAAUUGGAACAUCAUAUUAUAUAUUUUCAAAAUUCGAAAGUACUGUUUAUGCCUUAUCCAAUCGAGAUCAUCAGACAAUUCGUUACUUAUUUACAGUCGGACGAUCCCGGAUUAACAUCUAUUACACACGCUUUCCAUCUGUAUCAUCUGAGUUCAAGAUACGAGUUAGAGAAUUUAAGAAAAAAAUGCAGAUCAUUUAUUAUUUGGCAAAUAAAUUUGCAUUCCGUCUGUUCAAUUUACGAUUUUGCACGUGAAAUCGGUGAUCUGGUCAUAACUUAUUAUUGCUGGCUAGCUUUCGACGAACACGGAGAAAAACUACUUUCAACAGUCGACUUUAUGUGCUGUAAAAUUGCAACAGUUGAUAGACUGCUCUCUCCAGCGAUAUAUGAAUCUGUCAGUGAAUUGCGUUUACUCCAAGCCGUGUAUUAUUGGAGCAUAGAAAAAGUUAAAAGAAAAUUGGGUGCAGACAACUUUCAUUCGAUGAAUGAAAAAUCGAAAAGGAAUGCAAUAAGAAAUGUAAUGGAGCCAUUUAUUGGAAAAGUCAGAUUUCUUUCCAUGAAUGAAGACGAAAUGCAAUCUUGUGUUUUUACAAUGAACUUGUUAAGCGAAGUAGAAAAGAGUCAUAUCUGGCAUGCUUUUAAGACUGGUAAUUAUUCCUUAAACACUGAGGAAAAAAACAGUCGAAAUAGCAAUGGCAACUUACCAUGUAUAUUAUAAUUUGCUCUCGUUUCAUGCUGGUAA